AUGUGUUUCCGGCCGCCCCGCAACCUCGUGCUGCUGUCCGCGCUGGUGGGCACGGGCGCGCAGCUGGCGCUGCUGGUGUUCUUCGUCAUCAUCAUCGCCAUCGUGGGCAUGCUCUAUGUGGGCCGAGGCACCAUUGCCACUGCCUUCAUCAUCUGCUACGCGCUCACGUCCUUUGUUGGCGGAUAUGUCAGCGGCGGAUUCUACUCCAGAAACGCAGGGAAGCACUGGAUCAAGGCCAUGCUGUUGACGGCGUCGCUAUUCCCCUUCACGUGCUUCGGCAUCGGCUUCAUUCUCAACACCGUUGCCAUUGUCUACCACUCGCUCGCUGCCAUUCCCUUCGGCACAAUGCCAUGUGUAGUAUGUGGUCUUGAUAUCAUUCCCAUUGCCCAUCCCUCUUUCCCCCUCUCUCCACCCAUCCCCCACACCCUUCUCUCCCACUCCGUCCGCUUCUCUUCUGUCCGUGUGAACGUUUACAUCUAUGCCCCUGGGAUCCA